CAGGAGCUGUUAGCGGGCGCUACAACACGGCUAUGGCUAGCGGGGGAACGGAAUAACCGCGUGUGACGGUGUUUGUUGUUCAUGCUCCGCAGUCCGUCGAGUCAUCAUGGCGCUGCUGCGAAUGAGGACCGCGCUGGGUGCGAACGCCACGGAGAUAGAGAAGAAAAUCAAACGAGGUAACGCGCUGCGGCAGGGAUCGGCGUGGAGGGGUUCCCGGGGGCUGGCGGCCUUGCUGCUGCUGGUGGUGGUGUGUGUGUGCGCGGCGGCUGUUUGGCUGUACGUGACCUCUCUGGACAGCGAGAUCACAGAGACGCUAGUCCGCCAGGGUGAGCUGGUCUCCCCCCGGCCCAGAGUCUACUCCGUCCCGUGCUCCGAGGACUACGAGAACUACAAACGCUAUCCAGGAUGCACCCCUCAGAAGUGCGGCCGCGCGGUCACCGACGCCGUGGUCACCAGGGAGGAGUCCCAGGUCCUCAAGAGGCUGGCUGAGAGAGGGCUGGCACUGGCCGGCUCAGACGGAGGAGCAUCCAUACUCGACCUGCACUCUGGAGCGUUGUCGAUGGGGAAACAGUUUGUCAACAUCUACAGGUAUUUUGGGGAUCAGAUCGGCGAAGUGUUCACACAAGAGGAUUUCCAGCUUUACAGAAAUGUACGCGAGCGAAUCCAGGCGGUGAUUGCCGAGACGUUCGGCUUGGACCCGACGCUGCUGUACCUCACCAAGCCCACCUUCUUCUCCAGAAUCAACGGCACGAUAGCGAAGACCCAGCACGACGAGUACUGGCACCCCCACAUAGAUAAGGUGACCUACGGCUCCUUCGACUACACCUCACUCCUGUACCUGUCCGACUACGGCUCCGACUUCACGGGAGGAAGAUUCAUCUUCAUGGAUGAAAACGGCAACCGGACGGUGGAGCCCCGGGCAGGACGAGUGUCUUUCUUCUCCUCCGGCACGGAGAACCUCCACCGGGUGGAGAAGGUGGAGUGGGGCACCCGCUUCGCCAUCACCGUGUCCUUCACCUGCGACCCGGCGCACGGCAUCUCCGACCCCGCCAUGCCCUGAGGCUGGCGCCGCUCACUGGCCCGGACAAGCCCUGCAAGGAAAGGGGGCGACCAGGGGGGGGGGGGGGGGUGGAGAAGAAUGGGGGGAGUGAGAUUUUACUGGUGUCCUGCACUAGGUUUUGAUACAGAAAAAAAGAAAUCAAAGCACACGUCUUCCCCUUCUCUUCUGUUGAGGUGUUUUCUUACUUUGUAACUUUUAUCCAAUUUUCUACCGCCGUUUCUUUUUUUUUUUUUACUGCACCAUCAUUAUUGCUAGAAUUAUGUGUUUUAUGUGUAUAUUAUUUAUACACAUUGCCAACUACCCGCUCCGUUCGAGCAGGGAUGCCUCUCGACUGAUGGAAGUGGGAUUGUGGUCUAUUUUCUUCUUUUCUUUCUCUCUGUGUUGUCAUUCCAGUGAGAGCCGUCAAUUCCUCCGGGAAUCUAUUGAAUCAAGCUGUCAUCACAAAGCCCCCCCCCCCCAUAACCCAGGAGGUGUUUUCUUCUAAGAAGAACCCUCUUUGUCCAGGAAUGAUUGCUCUUUCCAGAAUGUGACCAGGUUUUCUUCGGCGUGGUUUGAAAUAAAACGGUGACCUGAACGCU